UCAGACACUUUAAUGGACUUUAGGGACUAAAGGUCCUCGUUACAGGAUGACUCACCGCCCCCAGAAUCAGGUCCACAGCCAGGUCUACAGUCAGGUCCACAGCCAGGUCCACAAUCAGGUCUACAGACAGGUCCACAAUCAGGUCUACAGUCAGGUCUACAGUCAGGUCCACAAUCAGGUCUACAGUCAGGUCUACAGUCAGGUCCACAAUCAGGUCCACAGCCAGGUCCACAAUCAGGUCUACAGUCAGGUCUACAGUCAGGUCCACAAUCAGGUCCACAGCCAGGUCCACAAUCAGGUCUACAGUCAGGUCCACAAUCAGGUCUACAGUCAGGUCUACAAUCAGGUCUACAAUCAGGUCCACAGCCAGGUCCACAAUCAGGUCUACAGUCAGGUCUACAGUCAGGUCCACAAUCAGGUCUACAGUCAGGUCCACAAUCAGGUCUACAAUCAGGUCUACAGUCAGGUUUACAGUCAGGUCUACAGUCAGGUCUACAGUCAGGUCUACAGUCAGGUCUACAGUCAGGUCUACACUCAGGUCUACAGUCAAGUCUACACUCUCCGUCUCCCCGCAGCGUUCCUCGACAUCCUCCGAGCCGUUGGCAGGCGUAACGGAGCCCGCCGCCCACACGGCCUCACCGCCCACCCUCCCAGCGUGCCUCUGGCCGCGUUACCACAAACCCUCCUCACCCUGAUGGAGCGAACAGGAGGGGCAGCAAAGUGA